GAUUCUGUCGACUGUGUGAAUAGAGGUGUGCUGUGGUCAUAAUUGAUGAAGCCGUCGAAAGUAGGCCUUCGUGUUCUCCAACAUUUCUAGAUAUCUGCAAGUUGUCAUCAACAACAAAAAACAUCAGUGCACCGGUAGGAGCGCUAGACGGGACUGCUUGAUCCUACACUGCACUGCACUGUAGUUUGGAUUACUGAAGUUUACGGCCGUACUACACCGUCAGCAUGUUAAGGUUUAUUCGCAGUAGAGGCGGCGGACAUGUCAGCGCCGAAAGAGAAAAACAGAAGAAGGAAUUAUUCGCUUUUAAUAAGACAGUAGAGCAUGGCUUCCCCAACAAACCAAGCAGCGUGUCUUUUGACCCUAAACUGAAGCUUCUGGCAGUUGGUACACACACUGGAGUCGUCAAAGUUUAUGGUGCACCUGGUGUUGAAUUUAUUGGUGUGCAUAAAGAUGAAACCCCAGUGUCUCAGCUAUUCUUUCUUCCUGAUCAGGGUCGUAUUAUCAGCCUGCUGGAGAACAACACAUUGCAUCUAUGGGAAGUGAAUAUCAAAGAUGGAAACUCUGUCUUAGAGGAAGUCAAGGAAUUCUCUUUGGAGGGCAGAUUGCAGAAAAUUACAGUGUGUUGCUUGCCGUCAGACUGUCAGCAUCUCUUCUUAGGAACAGAAGGUGGCAACAUCUAUGUUCUUGACAUAGUAUCGUUUGAAUUAUUGGAGCAUAUCAUUUAUCAAGAUGUUGUUAUGCAGAACGUGCCUGAUGACUACAAGGUGAAUCCUGGUGCUGUUGAAGCUAUUGCUGCUCACCCCACUGAAUCAAACAAGUUGCUGAUAGGAUACAACCGUGGAUUGAUUGUACUCUGGGAUAACAAGACCUGCAAUGCUGAUCAGACAUACGUUGGAAGCCAGCAAUUGGAAUCGCUUUCUUGGCAUCGUAAUGGCAUACAGUUUAUGACUGCUCACAAUGACGGCAGCUAUGCCAUAUGGAAUGUAAACGAUCCAACCAAACCGGAGAAAGAUCCCACUAUUACUUACGGACCCUUUCCAUGCAAGGCAAUUACCAAAGUUCUAUGGCAAUCUACCAAGGGAGAGCCAUUCAUAAUGUUAUCUGGAGGUAUGCCCCGUGCUAGCUAUGGUGAUCGCAACUGUAUCACCGUAAUGCAAGGAAAGACACAGGUAGCCUUUGAUUUCACAUCUCGUGUGCUGGAUUUCUUCACCGUUUCCGACACAGACGAAGAGUGCGAGUAUGAUGAUCCACAUUCUUUGGUUGUUUUGGUGGAAGAGGAACUAGUGGUCAUUGACCUACAGAGUGAAGGAUGGCCUACUUUCAAUAAGCCCUACCUGGCUUCUUUGCAUGCAUCUGCUAUAACUACCACCACACAUUGCAGUAAUGUACCCAAUGAUGUCUGGGAGAAAAUACAGAAAGCAGGAGAAACUCAAAUGGCGCAAACAUUCUCACAGAGGGAAUGGCCAAUCAAUGGUGGUAAGAAUUUGUCUGAAGAACCAAUGUCUAAAGAUCUGCUGUUGACAGGACACGAAGAUGGUACUGUUAGAUUCUGGGAUGCUUCCACUGUUGCCUUGAAAUUGAUCUACAAAUUAAACACCUCCAAUGUAUUCAUGUCUGAAUCGGAACAUGCUGAAGGUAAUGCUGGUGGCGAGGGAGAUGACGACUGGCCUAGAUUCCGCAAGGUUGGUAGUUUUGAUCCAUACAGUGAUGAUCCUCGUUUAGGAAUCCAGAAAAUCAUCCUCUGUUCAGUGACUGGAAAGUUGGUUGUUGCUGGAACAGCUGGACAGGUUAUAUGUUUGAACUUGGGUGAAGAAGAAAUUGAACAGAGUAUUGAGACACAUGCUGUGAAUAUAGUUAGUGAUCGUGAUGAGUUUGUAUGGAAAGGACAUGACCAACUUAAUGUGAAGACUGAUGAUGUGAAGAUGGCACCAGGCUUCCAAGCUAAUUUUGUAGUUCAGUGUACCCCUCCAGCUGCGAUUACAGCUUUGGCCACUUCUGUUGACAAAGGUCUUUUAGCUGUAGGUACCAGUCAUGGUUACGCACUGUUUGACGCAAAUCAGAAGAAGAUGGUGAUCACCAAGUGUACCCUGAAUCCCAGUGACUUGUCAGCAAGUGGAGAAACUCCCAUGUCCCGUCGCAAGUCAUUCAAGAAGUCUCUGCGUGAAUCAUUCCGCCGUCUUCGUAGGCGCCGUUCGCGUAAAGAGAAGGAAGACAAACCACGUGUUGAGGCUGUUCCAACAACAGAUCUUGAUGCCCCUACACCAGAGAAAGAGGACACCCCAGCAGCUGAAGCCACCGAAGAAAAAGCAGAGGAGCCCAAAGAGGAAGAAGAGAAAGAAGUGAAAGUUGAAGAAACAGAGAAAAUGCCUGUUGAAAGAAAAGUUGAAGCUCGUAGUAAAGAUGAUGCUAUGACCAGUAUGGUGAGAUCACUGUAUUUUGCAAGCACAUUCAUCCGUGAUGCUAACACAAUGACCACUACAUUCUGGGCUGGUACAAAUGCUGGAACAAUCUACGUUUACACAAUAUCUGUUCCAGAUGAUGAAAAACGUGAUGAAGUAGAUGUCAAAGCUGAACUUGGCAAGGAGAUACGUUUGAAGCAUCAUGCACCAGUGGUAGCCAUGUCUGUGAUAGACCACGAUGGAUAUCCAUUGCCAGAUCCUAUUGAUGUUACUAAUGAAAGAUGUAAAGCACCAAAUAUGUCUGGUGGACAUUCUAUUGUCAUCUGUUCUGAAGAACAGUUCAAGGUGUUCUCUCUCCCUAAUCUGAAACCUAAACACAAGCAUAAGUUGACUGCUCAUGAUGGAUCCCGUGUCCGUAAAGUCUCAUUCAUCAAUUUCAGGAGUAGAAGUGAUGACAAUUAUUCAGAGAACUGCGUUACUUGUUUGUCCAAUCUGGGAGAUUUGCAUAUCUUUAGCAUUCCACAUCUGAAAUCACAAUUAAAAAAAUCAGCAAUUCGUAAAGAAGAUAUCACCGGAAUCAGUUCAUGCAUUUUCACGUGUCGUGGGGAAGGAUUCUACCUGCUAUCGCCAUCAGAAUUUGAGAGGUUCUCAUUGUCUGCUCGGUACAUCAAAGAACCGAUGUGUAUGCUAGAAUUGAAAGAAGGAAUGAGGCCAACACCACCUGAGCCUGAACCAGAGCCAGAGCAAACAGAGGAGAAAGAAAAAGAUGAGGGAGAAGAAAAGACUGAUGCUGAAACUGCAGAGGGGGAGAAAGAUAAAGAGGAAGAAGAAACAAAAGAUGGUGGUGAAGAGGAAGAAACACCUGCAGCGACUGAACAAAAAACUGAUGAUCCAGAAGCCACUGCCCAAGAACCAGAUGAAUUAGUCGAGGAAGUUGAUGUGAUAUUGGCUAAGGCUGGUAUCUCUGAUGCUAAUGAUACAGUAGAAGAAGAAACACAACAAGACAUCACAGUAGAUGAAGUAAAAGAUUAUCAGAAUGAAGAUGAAGGUGAAACCAAAGCAGGAGAAGCAGGCGGCUUAUCAAGUGAAGCUGAAAGCGCACAGAACCCAACAACUGAAGAGAGUAGUGAACUCAGAGGUGAAGAGCUAGUUGAGCUUCAAAUUAAAGAAGAUGCAGACUGAAAUCGAGGAAAACCUCCGUAUUUAGAAAAAUUGCUACCAGGAUCACUUUUAGUCAUUUUGAAUCUAGUAUUUGAUAAACACUGCAAAUAAUUGUGUGAUAGUAUAUAUAGUAAACUCGUUAUUGAUUGCUAUUUGAUAAUAUUUAGAAUUCAUUCCCAGAGACAUUUUUCAGAAAUUUUUGGGGCUUAGCACAGAUGUACCGUAGUAUUGUUAAAUUGUGAGAGGCUGACUUGGUAACUACACCGUAGUACAGUGCAUUUGGGGAAAAGAGUGUUAUAUAAUUAUGCAUUAUGCAGCUCUCCCAUUUGACACCCCUUACCCUUUUAAUGUUUUUGAAGGCCAAGUUGGCUUUAUUUUGAAAAGUGACAUUUUCCCCUCCUUUAUACCUUAUUGACAAGCAAUUCUCGCGGUUCCAUGUAUAUUUGAUCUAGGUGUGUGUAUAUCUUGCGUCAACUCAUUCAUGUACUCAAUAUUUCCUUUCUUUAAAUAAUACCAAGAAGUAAUGUUAGAGGUUUUGUCAACUUAUUGUAAUUAUAACUGGUCAUUAAAUAGUAGUUAAUUUCUUUUUUUUUUGGCGCGGCGAGUUGUUUGUUGUUGCUUUGACAAUGAUCUUUGGCACCUUUUUUGAGUAUAUAUGUUCUGUUGUACUUAAAUCUUUGAAAGCCAUUGUUUUUGUGGAGGCUAGAUAUAUAUUUUGAGGCAGGGUAUUGUUAUUUGAAUGUAUUCUGUCACAAUUUUACCAUCUUGUAGUUAGACCUGUCUCCAAGUAACUUGGCAUGUCAGUUGGUUUUGGGUAAUUCAAUAAAUGUAGCUUUUGAAAUGUCCCCAGCUCAGAAGUUUUAUGAUGUUGAUAUAUUUGGUAGUCUUGGCGUAUUUGACUGCUUGAUUAGUUUAAACACAUCGUUAUUUUGUAGCAAUAUUACUGCAUUGUACUCUACUAUAUACUCUGGUUUAGGUAGUUGCACUCGCUUUUGACGAUCCAUUUUUCACUUGUUUUUCCUGCUUAAUGUCCCCUAAUCUAGUUAGGUUCUCAGCACCAUCUUUAUCACUGCCUUCCCCCCAUUAGUUUUAAUAAAUGCUGUACGAAAAAAAAUACUUGCUAUUGUGGGUGUAAUGUGCUGGAUCUGCAUACAAUAAAUUUUUAUUCCCUUAGAG